UUUUGCCGUAUAUAUGUCCUUUUUUCAGUGAUUAGGACCGGAAAUGUCAAGAGUUAUUCAGCCCGGCUUAAAGGAUUCGGUGGAUAGCUUGGAAUUCAUGCAGACUACGUUUUGUACACUGUACGGAUUUGAGGGAUGCCGAAUUACCAAAUGCGGCUACACCGGCGAAGAUGGCGUGGAGAUAUCCUGUCUUUCCAAAGAUGCUGCGCCUUUAUGUGAUAUAUUGUUAAAGUCGCGUGGUACGUGGUACGUUAAGGGGCAGGUACGAAUGGCUGGUUUGGAAGCCAGGGAUUCACUCCGGCUGGAAGCCGAUCUGUGUUUGUCCGGAAACGAUAUUAACGAACAAGCGACACCGGUAGAAGCUGACCUGACCUGGACAGUAGGAAAGCGCCGUCGCAAAGAGGGUGGAUUUCCGGUGCAGAGAAAAUACUUCCCCAAAUCAGAGGGGCGCGCAGAAAAACGUGUUGGAAUUAUUUCCACUGGAGCACCUGCCCGAAGUGUGAAAACUUGCGGCCAUAUUACGCACGAAAUUAGCUAUGCUAUUGUCGACGAGAAAGAAGAACAAGUUGGCAAGGUUACUAGUGGAUGCCCCGCACCGUCCUUGGGAACAAAUAUUUCGAUGGAUUAUGUGAACACCUCGCUUUCAAAGCCUGGUACACCUUUGCGAAUCAAAGUGCGCAACCAGAUUGUGGAGGGAAAAGUUUCGAAAAUGCCUUUUGCGCAAGCAAAUUAG